AUGGACAGUAUCGUAGACCCCUCGACCGGAUUCAGUGGCAAGGAGAAGAUUACCGAAAUCCUCAACCGCCGCCACAAGGAGCGAGAAAUCCAGAUACAAGCAGCCAAGCUUGAGCGCCAGAAGGACUCGGACGAAACCGAAGCUAUCCCCUAUUUUGAAUCGACUUUCGAAGAGAAGGUUAAACUGAUCAGCAACACUCUGGACACUGUAGACAAGAGCGAAUGUAAGGCACAAAUUUUCGCCGAGGUACAGAAUCAAAUUUACGACCUGCAGCGAUACCUUUCAACAUCCACAUUUUUCCUGCAAGAAUAUAAAAUCAAAGUGUGUCAAAAUUCCAUCAAUGAACUGUGCAAAAGAUUGGAUGUGUUGAAGAAUGAACUGAUCCCCAAAAAGAAAUUUGGCUUCAAAAGUAAAAAGACGGUCCGGACUCACAACGAUGGCAAGGAUGCACUCGAAGCUAUUGGAGAGAAGAAACAACAGGAUUUGUCUGAUGAAGACAAAAUGAAGUGGACAGUGUCCUCUCGGAAGAACGAAGUGAUAGUCUUGCGCAAUUCAGAAGUUGAUGAACAAACGGUGACGGCUUCGGAUUUGACUAACUGUGUAGUCCGUUUGGAAGGUCAUUCUGGAUCAUUGCAGUUUGCCCAAUUGAAGAAUUGUCUAGUCAUCUGUGGGCCGACAUCGAGAUCGAUAUUUUUGGACAAUUGCAUUAACUGCAAAUUUGUAGUCGCAUGCCAACAACUUCGUUGUCAUCGUUCGAAAAUUUGCGACUUGUAUCUUAAGGUCACAUCCCGAGCCAUUAUCGAAGAUUGUUCUCAAAUUUCUGUAGCGGAAUACAACAACCAUUACGUGGGCAUCGAGGAGGAUUUCUGCAAAUCUGGACUAGAUCCCGAGGCGAAUAACUGGAACGAAUUGGACGAUUUCAACUGGUUAGCUACAGAUAAACCAUCCCCGAAUUGGUCUGUUUUGCCACAGAAUCAACUUAUCAGUGACUGGGAAACCUACAAAAAACAAUUUCUCCUAAAUAAUGCGCUUUGUAAUAUCAAUCAAUAAAACGGCUUGUUGCUUCUGCUUAUUUGUAGUAAUCAUUAUGUAUUACCAA